AUGGCUUCUCCUACCACUGCCAAUACCAAUGAGGUAAUUCAACUAAAUGCUCCCACACACUUCCACAUUAUACUUACUACCACCAAUUUCCCAGUUUGGCGCCGACAAGUUCAUGCUACUCUUGUUGGUCUCAACCUACUAAGCUAUGUUGACGGUUCCACCAAGGAACCAUCCAAAUUCUCGGACCCUGCUCAGACCGUCCCCAACCCAAACAAUUCAAUUUGGUACCGUCAAGACCAAAUUAUUGUUAGUGCACUUCUGGGAAGUUGUACGGAUACAAUCCAGCCACUCAUCUCGUUGGCUAAAACGGCCCAUGAUGCAUGGCAACGCCUUGUUGCUAGUUAUGCUAGUGCUUCACGAGAACGGUAUCAUUUCCUUCCAGGCAAAACUCACCAAAAAUACCUCAAUGACAUGCGAGCCAUAGUUGAUGAUCUUGCCUUGGCUCAGUGUCCUGUGUUUGAUGAAGAUUUGAUCGUAUACAUACUGACCCAGCUUGGAGAGGAGUACAACUCUAUUAUUUCUGUGGUCCGCGUUUGUGAAACACCCAUCUCGUUGGGUGAGUUAGCAGUCGUCCUAACUGACCAUAAACGUCAGUUGAAGGACACAGAUGAUACAUGCCAGUCAUUGUUGGUGUCGGCUAAUGUCACUCAGCGGACUUCGUUCCCUCGGAACAACCAUCAGUCGAACUCCAACCGGAAGGCCCGUAACAAUCCUAAUCAUUACGAAGCCAACCGGUCGAAUUGGCCUACUGUUAUAUGCAAGUUUUGUAACUUUGCAAGUCAUGAAAUGAGGGUGUGUCGCAAGCUAGCCAGAUACGAAAAGAACAUGCUUGCAUUUACUGGCUGCAGCUACAAUCUGACUGAAGUAACAACUAAGGAACUUCGCGUUAUGAGGUAUAAUGUGCAGCACUGGAAAGAGAAAGAGAUAGACAACGAAGAAAAGAGACUGUCAUAUGUCCCCGAGGGAAGCGGUUAUGUUUUUUAA